AUGGAAAGUUACCUGAAGAUCCGCGACAAAGAACAGACAUCAAACGAAGAGCGCCACGAUUCAUCUUCUAUAAGGGGACAUUGUUUCGCCGCUCUUUUGAAGGACUAUUCUUGCGAUGUCUUGACAAAGAAGAAGCCUGCCAAGCGAUGGAGGAAGCACAUUCUGGCUCAUGUGGAGCGCACCAAUCGGCUCCAAAGCUCCAUUUUCGCAUCAAGAGGAUGGGCUACUACUGGACGACAAUGGUACGGCAUACCAAGAUACAUAAUCACUGAUAAUGGAACGCCGUUUGACAACAAGCUCAUGAAGAGUAUGUGCGAGAAGUUCGGCUUCAAGCAACAUAAGUCUUCAAUGUAUAAUGCACCCGCCAACGGUCUUGCUGAAGCUUUUAACAAGACGCUUGGUAACCUUUUGAAGAAAGUUGUUGCAAAGAACAAGAGAGACUGGCAUGAGAGAAUUGGUGAAGCUUUGUGGGCAUACCGGACAACCUUCAGAACUACUACACAAGCAACUCCUUACUCUUUGGUAUAUGGCACAGAAGCAGUCCUGCCGUUGGAGCAACAAAUUCCAUCAUUGCGGAUAGCAAUCCAAGAAGGACUCACGUCCGAAGAGAAUGCUCAACUUCGCCUAGCAGAGUUAGCGGCAAUGGAUGAGAAAAGAUUGGAAGCGCAACAAAAAUUGGAAUGCUAUCAAGCUCGACUAGCUAGAGCCUUCAACAAGAAA